AUGGUAGAAGCGGGCCUAACAGGCGUGAAUCUGAGUCUAGACACCCUAGAUCCAUUCCAGUUUCAGAUCAUGACCCGACGAAGUGGAUUUGAGGCAGUGAUGAAGAGUAUAGAUCGCAUUCUGGCGAUGAAUCGAGUUGGCGCUGGCAUCAAGCUAAAGAUCAACUGCGUUGCGAUGCGUGGCUUAAACGAUCGUGAUAUCAUCCCAUUUGUCGAGCUAUGUCGCGAGAAGCCUAUCGAGGUACGCUUUAUCGAGUAUAUGCCCUUUGGUGGGAACAAGUGGAAUAAGGGCAAGAUGUUCUCAUACCAGGAGAUGCUGGCGGUGAUACGAGAGAGAUAUCCGACGUUGGUGAAGCUCGACGAUCAUAAAAAUGAUACUAGUAAAACAUAUCAAGUACCUGGAUUUAAAGGCCAUGUCGGAUUCAUUACGAGCAUGACGCACAAUUUCUGCGGCACCUGCAAUCGGCUCCGAAUCACGAGUGAUGGCAAUUUAAAGGUAUGUCUUUUUGGUAAUUCGGAGGUUUCGCUGCGAGAUAUCAUCCGAAAGGAGAAUGAUGGGCAGCCUAUCGACGAGGAAGCCUUAAAAAGACUAUGUCUCCUAGACACUACACAGGACAAUAGGGGCCUAGCCAGUGAACGAGAGCGUGAGAUCCUGGAUAUUAUCGGCAUGGCCGUGAAACGCAAGAAGGCGAAACAUGCGGGGAUGGAUGAGCUGAAGAACAUGAAGAACCGUCCCAUGAUUCUCAUUGGUGGGUAG